AUGAGGACCAGUUGGAUUUCGGUUCUGGCGGAGAUCAGACAAGCGACAGGCUUGUUGUCGUCCAUGCCGAUUGACAACUUUAUGGCCCAUCAAGCCAUCAGGCCAUCAUUGCCACCCAGCCGUGCCAGCAUGCAACCCAUCAAGUCGGAUUCCUCUUUUCGCCAGCGACUUCGUGGCAUAGGAUUGGAGGACACAAUCUUACAACGUCAUCCAAGUCGAACUGCAGCAACCCAGCAUCGCAACAAACGUGGCAGACCCAUUGAUGGGAUUUUCGCAACUUCCGGAGUGGUGAUUAAAGCGGGGGGCUACUACAACUUUGAUGAAUUUUUCGCCUGUGAUCAUCGCGGUCUGUGGAUCGAUAUUGAUUUGGAACGGUCUCUUGGCAGCUAUUGUUAG